AUGACAGAAAAUGAACAUGGCAUUCGUUUUAUUGAUGAUACAACGAAUCAUUCUCGUAUUCACAAUCCGUUUAAUGUCUCCGAAUCAUCACCGUUCAAUUAUGGUCUGAUUAUCAGCGAUCAAGAUGAUUUUAAUAUGUUAUACUCACUGACAUUGAAUCAACAACUAGUGCCCGAUCCAACUCAAUCGAACAGUCGAAUUUGUGUGUAUCUGAUUGGUGCACAACGAGCGGCCUAUCCAGAAAUCAUAUCUGUCAGUUUUCAUGGCAACACCAAUUGUACGUGGAAAAGUGUUGAAGACAAAGGAGAAAACUUUUGGGUCCAAUAA